AUGGCAGCCCUCAAUGCUGUCGGCGGCCCCGUCGGCGGCAUGCCUGUAAUGAACAAUGGCGCGGCUGGGGUCCCUCGUCCAAGCAAUGCAUCCGCCGUCGGUAUCAAUGCUCAACACGUUAAUACGCCUGAAAUUUCGCGAAUGCAACUAAACACUUACAUUUACGACUACUUUCUCAAGAAUGAACUCUACGACUGUGCCCGUGCUCUGCUCCAGAGCGACGCCAACCUCAACACCACUCCACCUACCAAGACCAGCCCCGGCCGUCGACGCCAGGAUGGCAAUGUAAACGGUGUCGAUGAGAAUGCCAUGGACACGGAUUCCAAGGACGACGUCAAGCGUCCGGAUGAUCUUCCCACGCCGAACGUGCCCCCGCUCUGCCCCGGAAACUCGUUCCUGUUCGACUGGUGGUGCUUGUUUUGGGAUAUUUUCCAUUCGCAGCGACGGAAACCGAAGCCGAGCGGUGGCGGUCCCGUUGAGCAGUACAUGCAGCAUACUCAGCAACAAACGCGCAUGCGACAAGAGCAGCAAUCGCAAUUGAUGCGCCAGAUGAACCCCGGCAUGAUGCCCAAUAUGCAGUACCAGAACAUGAUGAUGCGCGGCAUGCAGGCCAAUGGCAUGAACCUCGCCCAAAACGAACUGCAACGUAAAGCGUUGCAGAACAGCCGUAAUGCAACACCUCAGCAAAUGGCCAAGACUCAGCAGCAAAUGCUGCAGCAACAGAUGCAACGAGACAAUUCCGAUCUGGACAUCAAUGGUCAGCCUCGUCCCCCGUCUCCUUCUUCGGGCGAGAACGCCCCAUCACCUUCCAAACGUCCUCGGCUUGACGGCACUCCUUUUAACGGACAAGCCAUGGGUCCCAAUGGUCGUGGUCAGCCACAGGGCAUGCCGGGCCAGCCCAUGAACAAUGCCAAUGCUGCCCAGCUUCUAAUCCAGAAUGGUAUCAAUCCGGGCACCCUAACUCAGUCGCAAUUCCAAUCGUUUCAGCAGCAAAAUCCUGCUGUCCAGCAAAAGUCAAUUACAGUCUAUGCGCAAAAUCUGGCCAACCACCAACGCACCGCACUCAACAACCAAACACUCCAAAAGGGUCUGCCGAACCCCAAUGGCGUGCCCACGCAGGGCUCUCCCAUGAUGCAGCAGGGCGCUGACCCUCAGGGUCUGGGUAGCCUGAGCGACUUCUAUGCCGCCGGCAGCCCCGCUCAGAUGCGCGGCAUGCAAGCCCCCAAUGGUCAGGGCGGUAAUCACGCGUUGCAAGACUAUCAGAUGCAGCUGAUGCUGCUGGAGCAGCAGAACAAGAAACGACUGCUCCUGGCUCGUCACGAGCAAGACAGCCAGAACCGAGAUGGACAACCGAUUCCUGGUCAGCCCGGUAUGGUGCCGCCAGGCAUGUCUCCGCAAGGAAGCCGCUCAGGCCCUUCGCCCACCCCGAAUGAGAUGAAGCUUCGCACUCCCAAGAUUGGCGGUCAAGCCGGAUUGCCAGGCUCGCCGCUACCAGACGGCACCAUGCCCCAGGCACGAGGGUCGCCUGCCGCUAUGAAUUUCAACCCGGCCGGCCAGAUCCCACCCGAGAUGGCGCCGCAAUUUUAUCACCAGGUCAAGGCGAUGGGUGAGAACAUUACCGGAGCCGUUCCGAAUGGUGCGGUCAUGCGUCCGCCAAGCUCGCAUCCUCAAGGUUUUGCCAACCCUCCGCUGAAUCAACAGCAGCUCGAGGCCAUGGCGCGCCAGCAGAGCGCGGCAAGAUUGCCGAGCGGUAAUUGGCAGCCUGGGCCUCAGGGCGCACCAAUGAUGCAACAACCUCCGCCAAACCAACAGCAACAGCCGCAGCCCAUGGGCACACCCCAGCAACGGAAUGCCAUGCCGCCACCCCAAGCUCCGGCGGGUGGUGGCGCGCAGACUGGCCGGACGCAGCCCUCGUCGCCUCAGCAGCCAGCUGCACCGCCAACGCCUCAGCAACAAAACAAGGCUAAUCCCAAGUCGAAGAAGGAUGCAAAGGAGCCUCGAAAGCGGACUCAAAAGAAGGGCGCUGCUAACACCACGGCGGCAACCCCGAGCUCUGAGGCUGAGCCGCCGCCAACGCCGACUCCCUCGACGCCUAUUACGCCCGUGCACCCAAAUUCGUUUAACGCGAACCAGCAAAAGGGUCAAGUUCAGCCGGCUACGGCUGCGGCGCCGGCUGCACAACAGCCAGCUGCACCUCCAGUGCCGCCAAGCACUUCGCAUGCGCCAACAUCUGCUCCGGUACCCGCCCCGCCAGCAGCACCACAACCUGAUCCCAGUCAAGUGGCACCGUUUGGCUCCAUUGAUGGAUCUGAUAAUGCCGCAUUCAACCUUGACUUUUCGUCACUGGAUAGCACCGACGUGCUAGAGAGCUUUGACUUUGACUCUUUCCUCAACACGGACGACCAAGGCGGCAAUGGCGCAUUCAGUUUUGAUCCCGGUCUGGGCUACGGCAAUCCUGAUGGAGUCGAAGCCGGAACCGAAGGAUGA